UGGUCCUUCCAAAACAAUCCAUCAAGUGUUUGAGUAAAGAGGAACUAGAACCAAGGCUGUUUCCUGAUCAUAAUUCAGAAGCUGCUGAGAAAUCGUCCUCCAUUGACCAAUGUACUAUUGCCGAACGAGCUUCUUGUUGGAAAUGCUACGUCUAGCUUUACACAGUCCGAUCAUUUUUUCACACAUGGAGAUGGGGUUGCGAGUCCAGUUGAAGAAAAUCCCCUCGCCCUUGAGUUUCUGGCUUCCCUAGCACAUGCAAAUGAAACUCAAACAUUUGGGAACGAUGCAAUUGCGAAGCUUAGCCUUUGCACUAUCCAUGAAAUGGAAUCAUCAUCCAAUAAUGAAGAAAGCCAGAAGCAAUCCUCUGAUGCUCCCCAUCUAUCAAAGGAACUUGUUGAAGGGAAGGGCGAGUUGAAACUCUCAUGCGAUGAAAAACUGCAGCUCAAUGAUAAAGAAAAUCGGUCUGUUUCAGUGAGUCAAGGUCCUAACGAUUCUUGUGCUAAUCAGUUGAUUGAGAUUGGGGUAAAACCCUCAACUGGUGGAUGGUUUGUCUCAGAGGGUGAAUCAGCAUUGCUUGCUCAUGCUGAUGGUUCAUGUACCUUCAAUGAUCUUAUACACUGCGAGGAGAAAUCUGAAUAUGUACCUCCCGUUCAAGUUUCUCCUAACUUGUGGCGGGAUAUAUGGUUGAUUCGUGCGGCUGGUCCAGAUGGAUGCGCUGCAAAAUAUGUGGUGGCUGCAUCAGCUGGGAAUGUGGUGUUGGAUUCAGGUUUUUGUUCAUGGGAUUUUUAUUCAAAAGAAUUUCGGGCCUUUCAUACAGAGGGCAGAUGUCCGUUGGCUCUCUCUUCUCUGUCACACAGAAAUUCCCAAAGGAGAAGAAAUGUUCUUUCCACAAUUGGGGCACCUGAAAACCAUCAGUGGUGGUAUAAACCAUGCGGGCCUCCUAUUGUUUGAACUGCCACUUCUCAGAAGAAUGUCGGUGUAUAUGAUAUCCGUGAUAGUGACCUUGUGAUGAGAUAGGAAACGCAAACUCCUGUAGUAACCAUGGACUUUGCUAGCCCAUUGCAGUGGAGAAAUAAAGAGAAGGUGGUUGUUGCAGAAAGUGAAGCAAUCAGCCUAUGGGACGUUUCAUCAUUAAAUCCUCGUAUCCUAUCAUCUAUUUCUUGCUAUAAAAGGGUUUCUGCUCUUCAUAUUCAUAACACUGAUGCUGACUUUGGUGGUGGUGUUCGCCAGAGGUCUUAGGAUACCUAAACCUGGCGUAAAUGGGCAGUCACUUUUUGCUCGUGGAGACUCUGUUUUUCUAGGCUCUGUCAGUGGAAGGUUGACCUUAAAAGAGCAUAGUUCUCCAACAAUUCAGCAUUUCUCGUUGCGCAA